GCGUGUGGACGGUAACGUGUGUUCCGCCUCUAUCCCAAAUCUUCGCUACACACGCUACAGCUACCCACAAAAUAGGUCAAUCAAUAAAAUAACGUCAGCUUCAAAUUUCUAUGUUUAUUUUAAAACAAAGUGAAGUAUAAACGUGUCCAAAACUAAUUAGAAGUACAUAUAUACAGUAUAUAUCGCAAAAGCAGAAUUUACAACUAAAGUUUUCAACUUUUGUCAAAUAUUUUAGAAAUUUUCCAUGUGUGCAAAUCAUCCCUGAUAUAAAUAAAGCUACUACGAUAUAUAGCUUUAAUAACACUUCAAAUUACAACAUACUAACUCUUCGGUAAUAGUUUUGAAACUUUAAAUGCAUUCUCAAGACAACAACCUAACAUAACCCAAAUUGAAACAUCAAAUAUACUAAAAAGACGAAUAGGAAUAACCCAAACUUAAUAGAAUACUGAUAAUAGAGAGAAAAUGUGGUGCCCUUCAUCACUUUUCACCCUAGUUACAAGUGACGUACAUGUGAUCAGGUGAACAAGUGGCGUGAUAGUGUUGGAACAUGUGGAGGGUGUGAGGGAGGAGAACGAGUGAACCAACGGGAAGCGGCAUCAUGGGAGGACAAGCAGCCAGACAGCUCCUUACACUACUGUUGCUGAUGCUCUGGACGCCCCACACUCACCUCAUAACUACAGGGGUGGCCACGGAUGGGGUGAAGGCAACGGAGGAGGGGUGGUGGGAGGAGGGGUCUGCCCCCCAGCCUCAGUUCGAGAAUACCCCUUCUAACGUCACAGCCAGAGUGGGCGACUCCGCCUUCCUGCCCUGUACAGUAUCCAAUCUCGGCGACAGAUCGGUGACUUGGAUGAGGCAGAGAGACCUCCACAUCCUGACGGCAGGCAUCUUCACCUACUCCGCCGACGAUCGCUUCACGGUGUUGCACGCGGACGACUCCAAUGAAUGGACGCUGCAGAUUAAGUUCGCUACCAUAAGGGACUCGGGCAUCUACGAGUGUCACGUCAACUCCGACCCCAAGAUUAGCCGCCAGGUGGCCCUACUUGUCAGAGAACAUAGCCAGCUGGACGACCCUGCCUUCAUGGGCAUAACCACCACCACAACACAUCCAACGCCGGUGGUGUUGAUCGAGGGCCCAGCAGAGCGACACAUCCAGGCUGGCAGCGUCCUCACCCUCACCUGCCUCAUCCACCACCCUCCCCGUCAGGCCCCCGCCCAUGUUCUCUGGUUCCAUGGCACAACUAACAUCGACUAUGACUCUCCCCGUGGCGGUGUAUCCAUCCAGACGGAGAAAUUCCCCCGUAAGACCCGGAGUCAGGUGAUGCUCUCCAAUGUGCGAGACUCUGAUUCUGGGGAGUACAGCUGCAGCCCCUCCGACCUGCCCCCCACCGUCAUCACCGUCCACGUCCAGCACGGGCAGCAUCAAGCAGCUGUGCAGCAAGGAGGACUGAGCGCCGCACCCGUCGCCAACCCCGUCACCCACCUCCUCCUCCUGCUGCUGCUGAUGAUGCUGCAACGAGUCAAGACAUGGCAGUGAGCGGCAGAGCUGUCACCACCACCACGACCCAGCUGUGAGGGUGAACUCCCAGGCUAUCACCACCAUAAUGGAGGAAGACCUGGACGUGAGGGUGGAACUACCAGAUCAUCACCAUUAUCCCCCUCAAUCAUAAUGCUUGAUGACCUGGGUGUAUAUUAUGAGCUGCCAGGUCAUCCCUACCAUUAACGUAGGUGAACCCUUGGCUGUGAGGAUGUCACUGUCACACCACCACCUUCAGCACAGCAUGUAAGGGACGGCGCCACAAACUAGAGAUGAAGGAUAUCAUAAAGGUAUCGCCUACUAAGAAAACAGGUAAGGUGCUAUUAAAAUAAAACUUAAGUUGGGUAGAGACGAUCAUUAUAUUGAGGAUCUAUCACAAGGGACGGUGGUGAUGAGUCAGGAAAAGUUGGCCCAGCGUAACUUGUGGCAUUUGAAAACAUGACUGGGCGUCUAAGAGUGGCCCAGACACCUGUAGUACGUGACACAGAUGUUAAUUACGAGUUUGGGACCAACUGAGUCAAGAACAGAUGGUGACGUCGUAACAGAUAAAGAUAUAUUAUGACUUACAAAUAGCAAGUGUGUUAGGUCAGACAGACAAACUCUAUUGGGGAAAGUCGUGAGUGUUGGGGGUGGUUCACUGGAUGGUAUUUUCACUAUGAAUUGCCUCGAUGUUCAAAAUAUUCACCCAGGGUCAUCAACAUAUUUUUUGUGUAUUUACAAACUUGUAUAAAGCAUAUGAAUAAGGAAAUUUCUAUCAAGAGAUGUAGUAUUUUUUGAACCUUGAAGAAUAUGAAUUUAUUUGAAAUUGUAUUUACGUUUUCAAUAUAAGUGUAAAUAUAUAUAUAUAAUCUGUACUUAUGGCUUUCAUAUUGUUGACUGUGUACUUAAUUAUACAGGAACUAAUUUAGAAUUAUAGUUCUUGUUUGAGUUGUGAGUGAUAAUUCCUCUAAACUACCUGAAGCUCAUGACAGUAUUUUGUGUAUAGGAAAUUUUUUGUCUGGAUGUUUAUUGAAUGUCUAGUACCUAGGACUGAGCCAGCCACUGAGAAGUGUCUCGUCAUCUUUAUACUUAUAGGUUUGCUACAUCACACAGGACCUUGACUUACUGGCUCACACGAUUAAGUUCUGAGCCUCAGUCACAACACAGAAUUACUCUUAUCUUAAAACUAGUCUAUCAUAACACAGUAGUUCCUGUUAGGUUAUGUUGAUGUAAAGAUCAUUUAUGUGAUUAACUGAUAACAGCGAUGAGUACGACCAAUAAUUUAAGUAUCAUAUAAAAAAAAUAAUGUUUGAAGAUUAAAAUGGA